ACUUAGACUAGAUUUGAAGGAGAUAAAAUGCUAAGACAAACUUUUAUAAUUUACUUUUAUGGAUAAAGUAUGUUUCUCGAGUGGUUUUGAUAACGGAACAUUUAUUUUAUAUUGUUUCAUAUGUUGACAUUUCCCAUUAAAGUGAAAAUGGUAUCUUUAAAUCAUAAAAUUGGUUAUGGUUGCGCAUACACGUCCGUUUACUUGGAUUUUUGCCGUGAAAGAAUCAUGUUUUUAAGACAGAAUUGAUUGCAAAUUUAAAAAUAAUGACAAAAAGUUUAGUUUUUAGAAUGAAAAUAUUUUGAUAAUAUAUUAUAAUGGGAACUUUACAAGGACUUGACUCUAAGAGGACUAAACGGAAGUGGAAUUUUUCUACUUUGAACGAGCUGCACGAUGCCGCGAACUCUUUGUUACGUCAGGCAAUGCUGAACGAGCGUUACAAACGCUGGAAAAAGGUUGUCAGCCUUUACGAGGAGUUGUUGUGGAUGAUCGACCUUGAAAGAUUUCCCGAUGAUUAUGAACCACCCUCCAUUUAUUUCAUGCUCCGUUACGAGUUGCACUUCCAUUUAGGUGUUGCACUUCAACACUUAGGCAAACAUACAGAGGCUGUUCUUCAGUUUUCCAAAACAAUUGAAGUGGUCUCCAUUGCCAAAAAUGGUUGUCUGGCUGGAUGCCUCACCAAUUCCUGUUUGAUGACGCCGAUAUAUACCCGACGUGCCUUCGCCCAUUCUAAACUUGGUUCAUAUAAACUGGCACUAAAAGAUGCAGAGAAGGCCGUUGUGUUAGACAGUGGGUCUCCGGAUGUAUAUUGCAUACGAGCGUUAGUCCGCAGCACAUUUGAUGAUGAACUAAUGGGAUUGAAAGACUUGGAGUCUGCACUUAAACUAGAUCCAGAUCAUGUAUGCGCUACUAUGUUGAAAGCCUCUUUCACCAAGCCAUUGUUUCCUGGUAACACAAAGCGUCAAAGGGCAUACGAAAAAUUACGCCAGAAGGCAGUAAGGUUAUGCCAGGAAAGUGAGACUUACUUAACAUGCAACAGUUUCAUUCAUCCAUGUAUAGUCGAAUUCUACGAUAAGUUUUUGUUUCCUCUUAGUAUUCCCCACACUGUAACAUGUAUACAUCUGACGCCGGAAAAACCAACAAAGAAACAACUUGAGAGCGGACAUACAGAUUCCGCGGGAACAGAUCAUUCUAGUCGUCCAACAACGUCAACAUCGAGAGGCAGCAAGCAGUCAAGCGCUUCAACAGAAGUCUUCCGCUGCGGAACGACCAAUGUUGCUUCAAAUAACAGAAUAUCAUUUAAACGUAGGACCGACUAUGGAAAUGCCAUACGAAAGUAUAUGUCCCGACCAAAGUCGGCACAGGAUUUUUUCGCCCAAUUAGAAAAACAAAGAAGGUAUGACAAAAUCAGGAAACGAGCACAGUCAGCAUUGUUACGACCUGGAGAACGGUUUGUUCGGUACCAUUCGACCCCAUGUCCAGACACCGAAGCACCCGUUAAGCAAUCAGAAUUGAAACAAAAACGUCCUGUGACCGCUCCAGUUGACGGUCGACUCUCGACGCUAUCUACUAUACGUGGUGGAUCACCAGAAAAGAUGUACGGCUCACCAGCUACAUUCUUACCCAUGCAUCAUUAUUCUCCGGAGAAAGAAUGUCCAACUUCGAAGAAUGAAGGUGAUGUCGUUAUAGACAAGCCUCCAAGACCAAAAACAAGAAAGAAAAUAUUAAUAGAAGCCCCAAAAGAUUAUGUUAUACCUGUGUUCCAGAGCGUCAACAUCAAGGACGCACCACGGAUGUAUUAUAAGCCAUGGGGUGGAGACAAACUCCCUGUUGCUGAAAGGACAACCUUCAAGUAUUCACCAGCAUUUUACUAGUCAGCAUAGACCAAUAAACAUUUUACUUUUAGCUUUAAAAGAGCCGUGGUUAAUAUAGCGUUUAGACAAAUUAUUCAUAAUGUCAUGUUAUUAUUAAUUUUGACAAGACUGACAAAAGAUAUGUUCUUAGGUACAUUUAUUCGAUAUUAUACAAUGAAAUAAUUGUAUGCGCGGUUUGAGAGUGUCUUUAAAAGAAUGUCAUAAAAUGCCAUUUAUAGUAACGAACUUACACCGAUUUUGUUUCCUUAUUUAAAUACAUGUGUUAUUCAGAUAGUUGUAUGUCAAAUAAAUGAUGUGUAAUUGUUAUCACUGUAAAACAUAUCGACUUGUGAUCGAUUUUCCAUGUAUGCAAAUAAAAACACACGAAAACA